AUGGCCCUGGACGGCGAGCGGGGGGAGCAAGAGGAGGAGAAGAAAAAGAAGAAGAAGAAAAAGAAGAGGAAGAAGAAGAAGGAGGAGGAGGGGGCCAAGAAGAGCAGCUCACCCUUCGCAGCCACCAUGGGAGAAGACGACAGCGCGCUCCGGGCAGGCAACAGAGGGCUCUCGGACCCGUGGGCUGACUCGGUGGGAGUGCGACCCCGCACCACCGAGCGCCACAUCGCGGUGCACAAGCGGCUCGUGCUGGCUUUUGCGGUGUCCAUAGUGGCACUACUCGCGGUCACUAUGCUUGCGGUGCUCCUCAGCCUGCGCUUCGAGGAGUGUGGGGCAAGCGCCGCGCCAGGUGCCGACGGUGGCCCCGCGGGCUUCCCCGAGCGCGGUGGUAACGCUAGCCUCCCGGGAUCAGCCCGGCGCAACCACCAAGCGGGCGGGGACUCCUCGCAGCCGGAGACCGGCGGGGUGGGCAUCCCGGGAACCCCUUCUGCCCAGCCGCCGUCGGAGGAGGAGCGGGAGCAGUGGCAGCCUUGGACACAGUUGCGCCUAUCGGGCCAUCUCAAGCCGCUGCACUACAAUUUGAUGCUCACCGCCUUCAUGGAGAACUUCACCUUCUCCGGGGAGGUCAACGUGGAGAUCGCGUGCCGCAACGCCACCCGCUACGUCGUGUUGCACGCUUCCCGAGUGGCGGUGGAGAAGGUGCAAAUAGCCGAGGACCGGGCUGGCGGGGCUGUCCCGGUGGCGGGCUUUUUUCUCUACCCUCAAACCCAGGUCUUGGUGGUGGUGCUGAAUAGGACCCUGGACGCGCAGAGGAAUUACAACCUAAAGAUUAUCUACAACGCCUUGAUAGAGAACGAGCUUCUGGGCUUCUUCCGCAGCUCCUACGUGCUCCACGGGGAGAGAAGGUUCCUUGGUGUUACUCAGUUUUCACCAACACAUGCCAGAAAGGCAUUUCCAUGUUUUGAUGAGCCAAUCUACAAGGCCACUUUCAAAAUCAGCAUUAAGCAUCAAGCAACCUAUUUAUCUCUAUCCAAUAUGCCAGUGGAAACUUCCGUGUUUGAGGAAGAUGGAUGGGUAACGGAUCACUUUUCACAGACACCUCUCAUGUCCACAUAUUAUUUAGCCUGGGCGAUUUGCAACUUCACAUUCAGAGAAACCACCACCAAGAGUGGGGUUGUAGUACGGUUGUACGCAAGACCUGAUGCGAUCAGAAGAGGAUCCGGGGACUAUGCUCUCCAUAUUACAAAGAGACUAAUAGAAUUUUAUGAAGACUACUUUAAAGUGCCCUAUUCCUUGCCAAAACUAGAUCUUUUAGCUGUGCCUAAGCAUCCGUAUGCUGCUAUGGAGAACUGGGGACUAAGUAUUUUUGUGGAACAAAGAAUACUACUGGAUCCCAGUGUUUCAUCUAUUUCUUAUUUGCUGGAUGUCACCAUGGUCAUUGUGCAUGAGAUAUGUCACCAGUGGUUUGGUGACCUCGUGACUCCUGUGUGGUGGGAAGACGUGUGGCUGAAGGAAGGUUUUGCUCACUACUUUGAAUUUGUGGGUACAGACUACCUCUACCCUGGCUGGAACAUGGAAAAACAGAGGUUUCUGACAGAUGUUCUGCAUGAAGUGAUGCUGCUUGAUGGUUUGGCCAGUUCCCAUCCUGUAUCCCAGGAAGUGCUACGGGCAACAGAUAUUGACAGGGUGUUUGACUGGAUCGCAUAUAAAAAGGGUGCUGCUUUAAUUAGAAUGCUGGCUAAUUUUAUGGGCCAUUCAGUUUUCCAGAGGGGUUUGCAAGAUUAUUUAACCAUUCAUAAGUAUGGCAAUGCAGCGAGAAAUGAUCUCUGGAAUACAUUAUCAGAGGCUUUGAAAAGGAAUGGAAAAUAUGUAAAUAUACAAGAAGUAAUGGAUCAGUGGACACUCCAGAUGGGUUAUCCUGUUAUCACCAUCUUGGGAAAUACAACAGCAGAAAAUAGAAUAAUAAUUAACCAACAACAUUUUAUUUAUGAUAUCAGUGCUAAAACUAAAUCACUUGAACGCCAAAAUAACAGUUACCUGUGGCAGAUUCCAUUAACUAUUGUAGUAGGAAAUAGAAGCCAUGUGUCUUCAGAAGCAAUUAUUUGGGUGUCUAACAAAUCAGAGCAUCACAGAAUAGCUUAUUUGGACAAGGGAAGCUGGCUGCUGGGGAACAUCAAUCAAACGGGUUACUUCAGAGUCAACUAUGACCUGAGGAACUGGAGGUUAUUAAUUGAUCAGUUAAUCAGGAACCAUGAGGUUCUUUCUGUCAGUAAUCGUGCAGGUUUGAUUGACGAUGCCUUUAGCCUGGCCAGGGCUGGCUAUUUGCCUCAGAAUAUUCCUCUAGAGAUUAUCAGAUACCUGUCUGAGGAGAAGGAUUUUCUUCCUUGGCACGCUGCCAGCAGAGCUCUUUAUCCUCUAGAUAAAUUACUGGACCGCAUGGAGAACUACAAUGUCUUCAAUGAAUAUAUUUUAAAGCAAGUUGCAACAACCUACAUUAAGCUUGGAUGGCCGAAAAAUAAUUUUAAUGGAUCUCUUGUUCAAGCAUCCUACCAACAUGAAGAACUGCGUAGGGAAGUGAUAAUGCUGGCAUGCAGCUUUGGCAAUAAGCACUGUCACCAGCAGGCAUCGACACUCAUUUCAGAUUGGAUUUCCAGCAACAGGAACAGAAUACCAUUAAAUGUUAGAGACAUCGUCUACUGUACAGGAGUGUCACUACUGGAUGAAGAUGUUUGGGAAUUCAUAUGGAUGAAAUUCCACUCCACUACAGCAGUUUCUGAAAAGAAGAUAUUGUUGGAGGCCUUAACUUGUAGUGAUGACAGGAAUUUAUUAAACAGGCUUCUAAAUCUGUCUCUGAAUUCUGAGGUGGUGCUGGAUCAAGAUGCAAUUGAUGUCAUAAUCCAUGUAGCUCGAAAUCCCCAUGGCCGAGACCUUGCUUGGAAGUUUUUUAGAGAUAAAUGGAAGAUAUUAAAUACCAGGUAUGGAGAAGCAUUAUUUAUGAAUUCCAAACUUAUCAGUGGAGUUACAGAAUUUCUUAAUACUGAAGGUGAACUCAAAGAGCUAAAGAACUUCAUGAAGAGCUAUGAUGGGGUAGCUGCUGCCUCUUUCUCACGUGCUGUGGAAACCGUUGAAGCCAAUGUGCGCUGGAAAAUGCUUUAUCAAGAUGAGCUCUUCCAAUGGCUGGGGAAAGCUCUGAGGCACUAAUAUGUGUCUCUUAUAAAAAAAAAAUAAAGACUGAGAUUUUUGGAAGAGGACCUGUUUUAUGUGGAAUGAGGAAAACAUGCUGUGUAAAAAAAAAAAAAAUAGCCAGAUUUUCAGUGUUAACGUGUGGGAGGAUUUUUUUUUUUUUUUACUCUUUAGUUUGGGGGAUUAAUUUUUGUUUCAUUCAUUCACUUUUGUUUCUUUAUUGGGUGUUCUUUAGAGAAACUCUUGCAAGUGAAAUUUGCCAUGGUUGCUUCAGCUGUACAUUCCUUGCUGUACAGGACCAAAUAUGAUAGUGGUGCAUGUUGAUGUUGCAGUCAGUUUGGAAAAAAAAAAUCAUAUUCAGAAUAUUCUGUGCAUGGAUGUAUGGUCCUGCCUGUGUUCCAGCAUGCUUAUUUAAAAUGUCCAAUGUUGUAUGUGAAUAUAUGUUCCAUCCAGGAUGGGCAUUAUGCAAAAGCACAAAGAUUAUCUAUGACAAUCAGUGUUGCAAUGAAAGAAAAACUAAAAAGGGUAGUUAGAUUCUUAGUGUUAGACAAUGGGAGAGAUAAAAUAACCCUUUAAGUGAACAGUGUCAUUUAUUUCAGCACUUGGAUUGUCUGGCAAUGAUUACUGUGUUACUAACUCACUUUCUUUGAGUUAAAGCUCUGUACACAUUUAAAAAGGCAUAUAGAUAGUGUAUACAUAUGUAUAUGUACAUAGGGAAGCCCCGUAUGUAUAUAGUAUGUUGUACACUGCACACGUGCAAAGAAUCUCUUAAAUCUAAGAAAAUUUAUCUCUUUUUAUAAAUGUGUAGAUGUUUGGAAAAGGGUUAAAGGAAUUUAUCUCAACAUUAUCCUUCCUAUUUCCUAACUAAAUUUCUCAACUUAUUUUUCAUUUACUUUCUGAAGUAUGGUUUACUCUACUACAUGAAGAUGAAGCCUAACAAAAUUUAUUGUGUAAACCAUUCUUC